GCCCGGUUGCUGUGCUGGCUCUACAUCAUUAGAAAAAUAUGUAACCUCCAACGAGUUCCCAGAUGAUACUCUGAACUUCAUCAAAACACAUCCACUGAUGGACGAGGCUGUACCUUCCCUUGUCAAUCGACCCUGGUUCCUGAGAACGAUGGUCAGAUACCGCCUGACCAAAAUUGCUGUGGACUCUGCUGCUGGGCCGUUUCAGAACUACACCGUGGUUUUCUUGGGAUCAGAGAAGGGAAUCAUCCUGAAGUUCUUGGCACGGACAGGAAACAGUGGUUUCCUAAAUGAUAGCCUUUUCCUGGAGGAGAUGAACGUUUACAAUCCUGAAAAGUGCAGCUACGAUGGCGUGGAGGACAAGCGGAUAGUGGGCAUGCAGCUUGACAAGCCCAGCAGCGCCCUGUACGUCGCCUUCUCCACCUGUGUCAUCAAGGUUCCCCUUGGACGUUGCGAACGUCACGGCAAAUGCAAAAAGGCCUGCAUUGCAUCCAGAGACCCCUACUGUGGAUGGGUGAAGGAGAGCGGGGCAUGCAUGCAGCUGGUCCUUGGCUCCAAACUGGCAUUUGAACAGGACAUAGAUCAUGGCAAUACAGAUGGCCUGGGUGACUGCCAAAAUUCCUUCGUAGCCCUGAAUGACAUUUCAACUGCUCCACCUGAUCAUGAAAUGUCUUACAACACACUGUAUGGACACUCCAGUUCCCUAGUCCCAAGCACCACCACUUCCGACUCUCGCGCCCGACAGGGUUAUGAUGCUAGGGGACGCAUGCUGGAUUGGAAGGAUCUGCUUGGUUCAUCUGAAAAUACAGACCCAUAUGUGGCAGUUUCAUCCCAUAAUCAUCAAGACAAGAAGGGAGUGAUUCGUGAGAGUUACCUGAAGGGUCAUGAUCAGCUGGUGCCGGUCACCCUGUUGGCCAUUGCUGUUAUCCUUGCUUUUGUCAUGGGGGCCGUCUUUUCGGGAAUCAUAGUGUACUGCAUCUGCGACCAUCGCCGCAGAGACGUGGCUGUUGUGCAGAGGAAGGAGAAGGAGCUGACCCACUCCCGCCGCGGCUCCAUGAGCAGUGUUACCAAGCUCAGUGGCCUCUUUGGAGAUGCUCAAUCCAAGGAGCCAAAGCCUGAAGCUAUCCUCACGCCUCUGAUGCACAAUGGCAAGCUGGCGACCCCAGGCAGCACUGCCAAGAUGCUAAUCAAAGCUGGCCAGCACCAUCUGGACCUGGCUGCCCUGCCAACCCCUGAGUCCACCCCAACCCUGCAACAGAAGAGAAAGCCCAGCCGUGGCAGCAGGGAAUGGGAGAGAAACCAGAACCUCAUCAACGCCUGCACAAAAGAUAUCCCCCCAAUGGCCUCGCCUGUGAUCCCAACCGACCUGCCGCUCAGGGCUUCUCCUAGCCACAUUCCCAGUGUUGUGGUCCUGCCCAUAGCCCAGCAAGGCUACCAGCAUGAGUACGUUGACCAGCCAAAAAUGAGUGAUGGGGCUCAGAUGUCUGUGGAGGACCAGAAUGCCACCCUUGAGUACAAAACUAUCAAGGACCAUCUCAGUAGCAAAAGCCCCAGCCACGGGGUUAACCUGGUGGAAAAUCUCGACAGCAUGCCACCAAAAGUACCCCAGCGGGAAGCUUCCCUCGGGCCCCCGAGCGCCUCGCUGUCGCAGAGUGGCCUGAGCAAGCGGCUGGAGAUGCACUCUUCUGCUUACAACGUGGACUACAAGAGAAGCUAUCCUACAAACUCGCUUACGAGAAGUCACCAGACAUCAACUCUCAAAAGAAACAACACUAACUCCUCUAACUCGUCCCACCUCUCCCGCAAUCAGAGCUUCAGCCGGGGCGACAACCCGCCGCCGGCCCCGCCGAGCCUCACCGCCUACAACUCACUGACGAGGUCAGGGUUGAAACGCACGCCCUCGCUAAAGCCAGACGUACCUCCCAAACCUUCCUUUGCUCCUCUCUCCACCUCCAUGAAGCCCAACGACGCAUGUACAUAA